AUGCCAGCGCCUCCGUAUACCCGCAAUACCGAUACUCUCAAUCCCUUCCAACCUCCCCUGAACUAUCUCUCUGGUGGUCGGCCGCGAUCCUCCCACCGCCAGAGCAGCUCGUCAGGAGGCCUGGAUUCUGACCGCGAAACCUCCCGCUCCAGAAUGUCGUCCUACAAUCCCAAAUCUUCGAAUGAGUUUCGCCAAUCCUCCAUCCCUCUCAUCAGUAUCUCGCGAUCCCCUUCCCCCUUUUGCAGACGACCUUCAGACUCGGGCCUUGCCUCAGAUACAGACGACGAUGACUGGGGCGACACUCCUAUGCCUUCUCAACCCUUCAUCCUCGACCGCGCAAAGCUCACAGGCUGGAGGUGGUUGAUAUACGGGGGUGGCAUGGGCCAGUUCUUCUUCAACACGCCCUUGGGAUGGCAGAUUUAUAUUGCAGUAUUGGUCUUCUGGCUGGGAGGCUGCCAGAUUGGUCUCACGGUCAUGAACAGGAUUAUCCUGUGGACCGGCGUGUACAAGUUCCCUUACCCACUUACUACGACGCUCAUUGAGAUGCUCAUGACACAUGGUUGGGUCCUGUUGUCAGCCUAUAUCACGAGAUGGGUUAGUCCAUGGUUGACAAGUGCUGGCUUGUCUGGGGGCAUUGCGCCGUCGAGGCCAUUGCCAUCGCCCUCGUCCCCAGGUUUUAGGGGCUUGGGGAAGAACCCGGGAUUUCUGGCAUCCGUUGGUCGUUGGGCUUCGUCCCACACAGGAGGCAUUGCCGGAGGCGGAUUAUUCGAAUUUGAUCUCCCAGUCGUCAAGACGGUCCUACCUUGCGCUAUCAUCUUCGUGGCCAAAGUUAGCCUGUCCAACCUCUCCUUCGCCUACGCCCAACUCCCAGUCUACGUCCUGGCACGUAUCGGGAUAGUUCCCCUCUCCCUCAUAUUCACAUACUUCCUGGGCCACACCUCCCAUGGCGUCGGCACCAUCUCAGCAGCCUUGACCGCAUCUCUCACCCUCCUCGUUGCAACCGUCCGCCCUAACGUCCGCGUGACAUGGGAAAGUAUCGUCGCCGGCGUCUUUUCCUCCUUGUUUGUCGCCUUGUACCCAGUGCAACUGCAGCGCACCUACAAAUCCCUCGUCGCCCAGCUAGUCCCCCAGGGUGACCUCAUAGGCCCCUUCCCCAACGCUUCCACCGCCGCUGACUUUUCCGGCACUCGUGAAGAAGCGCGCGCUUACUGGCGCCUGAUCCACUAUACGUCCCUCCUCUCUAUCCUCAUCUUCACCCCCAUCGUGAUAUUGUCAGGCGAAGUCACGAAUAUCUGGCGGAACUGCUAUUUCCUUGACGUUUUUUUCCACUGGUUGAUGGUCGUAUGCGGGGGGUUGGGAAGCUGGGCUGUGUUUUGGAGUACGAUGGCCUUGACGAGGGCGACGAGUCCUCUGACGAGCACGUUUUUGUUUGUGCCAAGAGCGGCGUUUUUGCUGCCGAUUAUGGCCGGAUGGAAGAUGUCGGCUUAUAGUUGGAUUGGCAUCGCGAUGUGUUGGGCCAGUUGUGCGUGGUUUAUGAUUGGGAGGAGGAAGGAGGGGAAGGUCUUGAGAGGCUGA